AUGGCGGUGUUUCUACCGGCGGGGUUCCGCUUUUGUCCCAGCGAUGAAGAGCUUGUACGAGACUACUUGUUGAAGAAGGCGAUGGGUGAAGAGCUUCCCUGGGACGGCAUCGGUGAGUGCGAUCUAUACGGUGAAAAGCCUCCCUGGGAAAUCUGCGGCGAUCAGGAGGGUGAGAAGGUUUACUUUUUCGCGAAACUGAGAAAAAUAAGCAAAAGUCGAGUGGCACGAACUGCCGGAUCUGGGGUUUGGCAUGAGAACUCUUCUCAUCAUAUAUAUGAUGAGGAGGGUGAUGUUAUUGGGGCCAGGAAAUUGUUUUGUUUCAAGGUAAAAGAUGGCUCGACCAUGAAGAGAUCGGACUGGAUAAUGCACGAGUUUUCACUCGUUGGGGAGCAUGAACCGAGUACCAGUUGGGUCCUCUGUACCCUUCAAAAGAAAGGCUCAGAAUCAAGGAUUGGGAUCAAAAGGCACCGUGAGGAUGGAUACCAGCAAAGAAAGAGGGUUUGCUGUGAAAUUGUUCAAUCCGAUGGGCCUCAAGCAAACUAUGGAACGCCCGAUGCUGAUUUGGAAACCCAUGAGACUGAUUUGGAAACCCAUAUGGAGUUUUGUCUACCAGCUUGUGAUAACCCUGAUUCAGAGUUUGAUUUAGAGAGCUUCAUGAACAUCCUGCCCCCGGAGGGUGGCGAUCUGCCGCUGGGGGCAUUAGAGGAUUUUUGGGAUGGUGACAUAAGUACUUUAUUUGCCUAG